UUGCUCUCACAAAAAUCUGAAUCCGAGGAAGGAGCUUAGAAAAUUAAAACGCAGGGAAACCCUAGAUAUUUGUUUCGAUGUCUUGACGGAGAGAUCUGAAGGAACUGCUUGUGGUGGGUAAUUUGCAGAGGUCAUCGAAGCUCUAAGUUUGAUUUAAUGGCGACCACUUGUGAAAUGAUGGUGGAAGAAAACGAUAUUGAGCUGAGUUUGGGGCUUUCCCUAGGUGGGUGUUUCAGGAAAUCGGAGAAAUCGUUGGGGAUUCAGCAGAAAUCUUUGUCUUCUUCUGGAGUCGACGAGAAAUCAUCGGGCGAAAUCGAAGCGGAUCUCAGAUCUAGCAUGUAUCCGAUCUCUGGUGCAGUGUUUGGGGAAAAGAAGGAAGUAGAGAUUGAAGGAGAAGUUUUGGAUCCGCAAAGGAAGCGGGAGAUUCAGGCGUUACGGCGUCAAGAGGCGAGGAAGAAGAGAGAGGAGAAGCAACAGAAGAAGGGGAGAGUCCGAGAUCGGGAAUCGAUUGAGAAUGAAACGAGUAGAUCUGAACAGAUCUGUAAAUUGGUUAAAGUUUCCGAUGGAGAUGACCAACAAGAUGUAAAUCAACCGUCGGAACAGAGUCAGAGCCCUAACCCUUCUUCUGCAUUUGCUCCGGUUGUGCCUAUGCAAUAUUCUUUCCCGCAAUACAUUCCUUUUACCAAUGGGUUUCCAAUCCCUUAUGCGGUGCCGUAUUGGUCUGCUCCUCCGCCUCCUCCUUCCGCUUCCAUUGGCGACGAAAAAAAUGUAUUUCAGCUGGUUGCUUGUAGGGCUUUUCGGCCGUUUCAGGAACAGAACUCGAAUGCGAAUCAGAACCGUUCGGGGAGCUACGAUUCGGAGCAGAACGGAAGUAAAUGUGAUGGGGUGAAGCAAUUGCAGUCCUCGCUUUGUUCCAGUGGAUCGCUAGGGAGUGGUUCUUCCGGGGUUUCGGAUUAUCAGAGCACAUCACACCAAGGGGGUUGCAGCAGGGACAUGAGAAGCCAUUCAAGUAGAUCCGAAUCAGAGCAGCCUCAACUUCAUACCAUGGUUGUGAACAAUGCACAGGAACAAACAGAGCACAGUGCUUCAUCUCAACCAACAGAACCCACCCAAGGCAUUGAAGAACCAGAACAAAAAGCUGAGAAGAUGGGUUCCUUAAGCCCCUCCUCCCAAACAAACCCAGGAAGAAGUGAGGGAAAACCCAUUACAACUACUGACAACCUACCUCCUCGUUCUCCUACUCGACCCCCUCAACCACCAAGAGAAACCAAGGGGGAAGCCAACAAGCCUCCUAAGCCUCCCCAGCCUCAACACCCUAAGACACAGUCCUUGCCUCACAUGCCAUGUGUGUCCACAACAGGAAACGGCCCAAAUGGGAAAACCAUUACUGGGUUCUUGUACAGGUACAGUAAAACAGAAGUUAGCAUCAUGUGUGUCUGCCAUGGAAGCCUCUUCACACCAGCCGAAUUCGUGAAGCAUGCAGGGGGCACAGAUGUAUCACAUCCAUUGAAGCAUAUAGUUGUGGUUCCAUCCACAUUUUAAUGGAGUAGAUUUAUUAGAUAUUUUCUAUUUGGUUUUUGUCAUUUUAUUGGGUUUUGGGGUUUUGUGGAGGGAGGAAACAGGGAAGCUAAUUGUGAUCAAGUAAGAUUCAAAGAAUUUUGUAUAGUCAAGUUAUAUGAGACUUUUCCUUGCAAAUGGCUGGAAAAGCCUUUUUCUUCA